AUGUGUCAGGAAGCGAGCAUCGAUAAGCUGUCAGGCCCGUUUGAGAGGGCGGCAGUGGCACGCGUGCUCAACGCUUCCGCAGCCAAUCCCGCCCGCCAGCAGUGUCCUGCAGUCACGACUCGACCUCGCCGAUGCACCCUACAUAGCAGCGACUCCUGCGUCUCGCUUCCCCACGCCUGCGCCCAGCUCUCCGCCGCCACGCCCGCCCGCCGUGCCUCGAUGGACGACCUGCAUUCCGCGGGCCAGCACGAGCACGACUACAUGACGCCACCGCCCAAUGUCACCACCGCGCCCACUGCACACGCACACGCCCACCCACACGCUCAUCCAGCCCACCCAGCCCACAUCAGUGACGCUGUCCCUGCGACACCACCAGCCGCCACCGUCCCGCCCAGCAGGCCGCCCACCAGCUACGGGGAACAUGAAGAGGAGGUUGUUGACGACGACGAUGAUAGUGGGGGGAUAUCCUUGACAGACGACCAACAGCUUGCCGAGUCGCUCGCGCCAGACACUCACCAUUCCGAAGCAGCAGUCGCCGUGCACCACUUCGCUAUGACACACCUCCAGCAGACCGCCAUGACACACCCCCAGCAGACCCUCCACCAGUCGUCCUCGCACACCAUCCCAAGCGCCCCAGCCGACGCUGCUGACUUCUCGGCCUUCUUCUACUACUCCAGUCCCUUCGUCCCUUCGCCCCACGAACUCGCCUAUCUGUCAAGCUCAGAGCAAUUGCUGGAACCGCCCCCUACCCUGCAAGAGGUCCAUCUGAGCAUCCAGGACAGAUGCUCGUUCGCGCCCAUCACCUCCUUCUUCCAUUACCUCAGCUCGAAGAAGCCCACGGUCCCUGGACUCGAUCUUGUCCAGGUUCCAGCAAUCAUCGACCGGGAGGACUUGAUGGGCGACACGCAUGACUUUCAAGGCAUCAAUUGGGCCCUGCGAAACACGGAGCGGUCAGCAGUUCGGGCAAAGCGUGUCGAGUAUGAAAAAGAGAAGCUGUCGCCAAGUCUGAGGAAGGCUCGAGGGAAAAUAUCUCCCACGCCCAACACGGACACCUUCUUCUCCUUUAGGAGCAACUACACGGCACACCGCGCAUUCUUUCCUCACUUCCAACUCCGGAACGUCCUCGCAUCUACGUCUAGAAACGAUAUAUACUAUGCCGUGGGCCACAAGGUGUUUCGCACCGACGCGUCUGCUGCUCCUGCGGAUCCCAUUAUCGAUCUGAGUAAGCGCAUGGCCCCAGACGGCUCAAUCACAACCAUCGCCGCCGCCGACAACGUGCUCAUUGCGGGCGCCUUCGAAGGCGAAUAUUGUAUUGCUGACCUCGCAUCCACCUAUGGUUCACCAUGCACUUUCGGUCAGACGUCCGAUUUCGCCGUCGACACAAAGUCAAGGAUCGUAAAUCACCUGCAUCUCUUCGAGUCUCGCACAACAUACACCCCCCAAGCAGUCUUCUGCUCCAACGAUCAUCGGCUACAAAUACUAGACUGCGCAACCGACACAUUCACACACUCCUUCCUCUACCCAGCUGCAGUCAACUGCGCGGCCACCAGUCCCAACGGCCGCAUGCGGGUUGUGGUGGGUGACUUCCAGGAGACUCUUAUCACGAAUGCGGAAACAGGACAGGCUUUUGAAACGCUCAGUUCGCACACGGACGACGCAUUUGCUUGCGCUUGGGCAGAUGACGGUAUUCAUGUCGCUACUGCAGCUCAGGACUCGACUAUUGCUGUGUGGGACGCAAGACUGUGGAAGAGGCCCAUCGCAGUCAUUGCAAGCGAACUCAGCAUCCCUCGAUCCCUCCACUUCUCACCCAUUGGCUCUGGACCCCGCGUUCUGGUCGCUGCCGAAGCAGACGAUUACGUCAACAUUAUCGAUGCACAGACUUUCAAGUCGAAACAAGUCUUCGACUUCUUCGGCCCGCUUGGUGGCGUCAGCUUUACGCCAGAUGGGCAGUCGUUGUUUGUUGCCAAUGGAGAGCGGAGGUUCGGAGGCAUUGUCGAAAUGGACAGAACAGGCUGGACGCAGCGAGCCGCUUCCAGAAAAACACUGGACUACCGGAGGGACGAUUCGAUGACCGACUGGUCGUACGACGACGAUCUCAGCAGCCAUCCCAGGGUCCUGUGCGGGGAUGUGGAGCGCCAGAGACGGAACGUGGAUAUGCGCCAUCUCAUCAUAUGA